CUGUCGUUUUUGUUAUAUCGAAAAAGAAACGAAAGGAAAAAGAAACAAAAGCCUCCCUCUCUCUCUCUCUCUCUCUCUCUCUCUCUCUCUUCCUCUGUGAAUGGUUGCUUACCCAUGAAUAUGAGCCAAAUCUAGAACCACCUACGUUGCCUUUUCUCUACCAUUUUCAAGAAGGACAUUUCGUUCACCUUUAGCUUCGUUAAUGCCUUCUUAAACAAGGGUUAGUUUUAAAGUUCUUCAUAUUCAUUUUUUAUAUAUAUAAAUUUUGUCUCGGAUUCUUCUUCAUUGGUCUCAAUCUGGCGACUUUUGACAAAUCUAGACAUACCCAUUUGGUUACUGACAGUGGAAAACCCUUCCACCGAGGUUCUUUCUUGUUUUGGACCAUACCUUACAUUUCAUGAUCUAAAUAGUCUCAGGUGAUGUUUGUAUUGUGAUGUGCAUUUGCUAGUCAUAUGCUUAUUUUUGGCAUGUUGAACUAUCAUGUUUCAUUUUUUGCUCAGGUCUUCUAGUUUGUUUUCUUAUCUUCUAUAAUGGAGGGAGAGACGUCAUGGAUUAGCCAUUGCCUCGAUGACAUGUCGAGAGAAAUUGGGGAGCUCGAUUCAUACUCAGAGCUCAGUGACGAAGGAAAUAAAGAAGCUAGUGGAGUUUCUGUGGAUUUGAUUCUUCCUGAUGACUUGUUAGAAAGGAUUCUUGCAUAUCUACCUAUAGCUAGCAUCUUCAGAGCAGGUUCUGUGUGCAAAAGAUGGAAUGAGAUUGUUAGUUCUGAAAGAUUUUUAUGGAACUUUUCGCAAGUGCUAUCGCAAAAGCCUUGGUAUUAUAUGUUCACAAGCUCUAACGAAGCAUUUGGUUAUGCCUAUGAUCCCAUUCUUCGAAAGUGGUAUGGGAUCGAACUCCCCUGUGUCCGAGCACCCAAUGGGGUGAUUGCUUCAUCGUGUGGUUUGGUGUGCUCCAUGGAUAACAACGAUAUAAGCGAGUUAUGCGUCUGCAAUCCAAUCACAAGGCGGUGGAGGAAGCUCGAGGAGCCUCCUGGUUCGAGAUCUUGCGAGUACAGUGCACUUGCAAUUUCAGCUAACAGGAUGUCACUUGCUUACACCAUUUCAAUUGUGAAAUCUAAGCAAAUCCCUGAAAAUUUCUUCCAAUGGGAUAUCUCAAUCCAUUUAUAUAAUUCUGAAACAAUGAUGUGGGUGACCUCUUUGACCGAAGUUUUGACAGGAUGGAGAGCUGGGGACGAGAGUGUGAUCUGUGAUGGGGUUUUGUACUUCUUGAUUUACUCUACCGGAGGUGCUGCACUGGAAAGCCGUCACGGUCUGAUUUCGUACAAUCUUUCCACCCGAUAUUCCCAUGGUUUGUUGGCGAGGAGUUUUGUCCCAGUACCUUGUGCUCUUACUUGUGGUCGCUUGAUGAACUUGAAGGAGAAACUGGUAAUGGUGGGAGGAAUUGGUAAACAUGAUCGACCGGACAUAAUCAAGGGAAUCGGCAUCUGGGUUUUGAUUGGGAAGGAGUGGCAAGAGAUUGCUCGGAUGCCACAUAAGUUUUUCCAAGGAUUUGGUGAGUUUGAUGAUGUUUUUGCUAGCAGUGGUACGGAUGAUCUCAUAUACAUUCAGAGCUAUGGAGCUCCUGCUCUUCUCAUUUUUGACAUGAAUCAGAAACAAUGGAAGUGGUCACAGAAGUGCCCAGUCACAAAGAGAUUCCCACUUCAGCUUUUCACUGGUUUCUGCUUCGAACCAAGGCUUGAAUUUGCUCCCUGAUCUGUUUCUUACGUGCAUAUGAAAGUGGUGAUGGUGAUAUUGAUAAUAUCAUCUGAUCUUCUGUCUCGUCUUUUCUUUAGUGUUUAGUUAUAAUGAAUUCUCUUUCAAAAAAUUUAAUACAAAAUGUACCUGCAGAUAAAGCUGCUCAUUCAUGACUAUUAAAAUGUUGUUCUUUGCAUUUUGGAAAAAAAUACCAAGUUAUUAGAUAUGCGAAAAGCCGGAGACUUGUCUAAUUUAAUGAUAAAUAUAUAUACAUUUGUCCUA